ACAUACACACACAAACACCCUCAUCUCUCAUUUGAGAAUCUGUUUGAUUGAGUACCUUUUCAUUCUUGAGCAUUCGGCAACAGACUUCACCACACACACAUUCACUCUGUGUAUAGUGAGAGACUGGAAGGAUUUCUGCAGUUUGUGACUGCAGCUGUCUCGGACAUGCCGAACCGUGGGCAAUGAGGUGGGAGAUGGGCUUGAGAGCUUGUGUGUAAGAAUCUGUUUCAUUUUUGUCUCCUCAUUCAGACCGCGAGGACGAGGGGUUUAUACAAGGUUACGGAUCCAGAGACUCCAUCCUUAGCAACUCCCACAGGCGAAGCUGGAAAAGCCGGAAGAAGGAGAAGGAAACAGAUUGUCCUGUCCCGAAGAAGACGAACAGCAGUAGUGAAGAUCAGAAGAAACGGGAGUGCAGGACUAAAAUCAUGCAGUGCUCCACCCUCUUCAUUGUCCUCACUGGUGUUCUCCUGUACCUGGUGAUGGGUGCGCUGGUGUUCAAUGCCCUCGAGGCACCGUAUGAAGAAAGCCACCAUGUGCUGCUGCAAAACGCCCGGCAGGAGUUUCUGGGCAACUACACCUGCGUGAGCCCUGAGCAUUUGGCGAUGCUGAUAGAUACGGUGGCAGCGGCUAUCAGUGUUGGCAUUGACCCCAGCAGCAAUGGCACAUUCAGCACCAGCUGGGACCUGGGCAGCGCUUUCUUCUUCUGUGGCACCAUUGUCACCACCAUUGGUUAUGGAAACAUCUCUCCAAAGACAUCGUGGGGUCAGUUUUUCUGUAUCUGGUACACGCUGGUGGGAAUUCCCUUGUUUGGCUUUCUGUUGGCCGCUGCUGGAGAUCAUCUGGGGACUUCGCUGAGGAAUGCCAUUGCUAAAAUUGAAGCUCUUUUAUGGAAGUGGAAGGUGAGCCCAACCAUCGUCCGUGUCAUAACCGCUCUGCUCUCCAUCUUGCUGGGCUGCAUUCUCUUCAUAUUUGUGCCAACUUUAGUCUUUCAAAAAGUGGAAAACUGGAGCCUUCUAGAAUCCGCUUACUUUGUGGUGAUCACGCUUACAACCGUGGGCUUCGGAGACUACGUUGCAGCUGGUGAGCCGGGUCAGGAUCACUGGUACAAGCCUUUGGUUUGGUUCUGGAUUCUGUUUGGUUUGGCCUAUUUUGUGUCCAUUCUUUCCAUGAUCGGAAACUGGAUUUUGGUUCUUACCAAAAAAACCAGAGCAGAGCCUUUCCAUUUCUCCUGCCCUACUUUCUGCUCUCAGAUGGAGGAGUUGAGAGCCCAUGCCUCAGACUGGACUCAGAACAUUCAGAACAUGUCCGUGGAUUUCCGCAUGGCGGGUAAAUUCGAUGAUCCGUUCAAGCGCACCAGGCGAAGGCACCGCCACAGGCGCCACAAACACAGCGGCAGUCAGGGUGGGUCGGGCGAAGCCGGACAGGAUGGAAGAGAAGAGAAUGAAUCGGAAUCCGGUUCGUACUCUUCUUCUUCAGAUGGGUCCUACAGCAGCUCCGAAACAGAUUCAGAGGUGACAAAAACAGAUCGGGUCCCAGAAGGAGAAAUUAGCAAAGAUUUAGAAAAAGAGGAUAAGCUCCCUAAAGAUGCAACGUUCUCUCAGCCUCUGGAUUACUUUGGGGAAAAUCUUGCUUUUAUUGAUGAGUCAUCAGACGCAGUUAGCGGGAAGGUUCACCCGGACCCGCUUCUGGAUAAACCUGAUUCCAACCCAACCUCAAAUGAUAAGCCCAAACGGAGACGACAUAGGAGACACUUGAGAAGAGAUCUGCAGAAAUCUAAAUCCACUAAAACCAGUCCAAAUGAACAGGAGAAUAUGAAGCCAAAUGGAGAUGUUCAGAAUAAAGACCCUUCUCCACUCCAGCCAAAGCUAUAGUCACUAAAACUGAGACUCGAUUUUCUCAGAUUUUACUGAGAUGAAAUAUUGAAUCUGUCCAUGUGCCUAAAAAAGAGGGUGGGGAGUAUCAGGUCCUCAUCUUGGACACCUCAGCAUGAGCGAGAAUUUUCAUUGGGCUAUCGGAUACCCAUCUGAUCACCAUUAGUCAUAAUAUGCGGAAACUCCAUGAUCAGACCCUUAGUGCCAUCUACUGGAUAGUCAGAAAUGCUUUCUACACAACUGUACUGAAUAUGCUGUGUAUGGAUACCAUGGCUGUUUUAUUCUGUGUGCCUUUUGCUCCUUUUCUCAUUUCAUGACUUGAUAAUAAUAAAGGAAUGACACUUUCUAUUAGGAAGAUGCAGGAUAAAUGUUAUAAACCAAAUCAGAAACGUUGCUUACUGUUUAAGUACUGAAACUAAUUCAUUUUUAUUACUGUUAAUUGAUGCAUCUCUAACAGCUGUUUUAAAUACAAUAUGAAUAUGGAUCUUUGGACAUGUGAGCGAGAUGUCUGUGUGUUUAGAGUUUACCCAAAAAAAAGGAAAUUCUGUCACUUUUUGGCAUGACUUUCUGUUAAACACAGAUGAAGACAAAAUGGACAGAUAAUAAUGCAUUUGGUCUCCACAUUUACGCAUAUGGCAGACUAUUUUAUCAAAAAUGACUUCAGUAUGUGUGUUCCCUGGUUUGCUUUACUUGAUGCUCUUCCACUGAGCUACAGGUCAUUGCAUGAAAAACAAUGAGUGAUGGUGUGUUCAAAAAAGCAUUGUGAGUAAACAACAACAACAUUUUCAUUUGUACCUGCUAUGAACUAACAUAAAACAAACCCCAUCACGUUGGAAUUAACUGAAUCUUCCAUGAGUCAAACUUAACAAGAUUUAUUCAAAUGCA